CUCGGUCAGUGCAGUGUAGAACAUGAAGCCAAGCACAGUUUUCAGAGUUUGCACUCUUGGAAUACUUAGCAUCUUCGUAUUUUUCAUAAAUCCAACAGCUUGCUAUAUUAAAUCUUCCGUAGAACAGCGCCAGGAAAGGCGGGCAAUCGCAGUUCUAUUUGGGGCAGCAAGAGGUAAUGUAACAUUUACAGAAAGCGGCAACAAGGUACGGAUGAUUGGAGUCAUUGAAGGAUUGUCACCAGGCCAACAUGGCUUCCAUAUUCAUGAAAAGGGUGAUGUCAGUAUGGGAUGUGCAUCAACACUAGGCCAUUACAACCCACACAAUAAACAACAUGGAGCUCCUCAAGAUGCAAAUAGGCAUGCUGGAGAUCUUGGCAACAUUUUGGCUGAUGAGCGUGGAGUUGCUAGCUUCGUCAUAAAUGAUCAUCAUGUUCGUCUCACUGGUCCCACCUCUGUGCUUGGCAGAUCUGUUGUCGUUCACUCCGAUCCUGAUGACUUGGGAAAAGGAGGACAUCCUGACAGUUUGACCACUGGCCAUGCUGGAUCAAGGCUUGCUUGUGGCGUCAUUGGAACCUUGGAAACUGCUUCUAUGAUGCAUUCUGGUGCCUGGGUUCUUAAGGCUUCUUUAGUCCCUCUCAUCUCUCUUCUUCUUUUCAAUCUCUUGUAAUAAAUCUUUCAUGCUAAUACACCAUGUAUUUAUUUUCAGAAAUCUUAUACCUGUAUAGAAAAUUUUAAAAUUAAUUUUUGGAUUAUUUCCUAGUUAUUGUUAAAUUUAUAAGACUAAGUAUAUAUUAAUUCCAUAAUGUAGUUUCACACUUCUUUAAUAUUUUAUUAUACUUCAAAAUUUAAUAAAAUCUUUAUACUGAAUGUGAUACUCUUUGCAUGUUGGACAAAUAAUUGGUAAUUAUUCCAAUAAGACUUUAAAUGAAAGUUCAAAAUUAUGUAGAAAAACAAAUGUCAGUCAUUAGUUAGCAACAGUUUUAUUUUUAUAUUUUUGAAUGUAUUAUAAUUUUUAUGUAUACAUGUUUUACCAUCAAUAAAAUCAAAAGAGGCUUAAUAAUGUAAACUGUUGCUUUCUUUGAGCCUAGGGAAGUCAAAAAACUGUUUUAUUAAUGAAUAUGUGAAUAAAUAACAACUAAUUCAUAGUAAAUUAGACCUUAUUUAUUUUUAUUAUUAUUUUUUAAAUCUUGUAUUUAUCUUGCAACAUAUUUUUUUUAGAAUCUCUAGAUAUUGAAUAUAUUCAUUUUUUUUAAAUAGUUAUUAUUAAGUAUUAAGAUAAAUUUCACUCUGAUGAAGGCAUAAAACAUAGGCCAUAAAAGAUCGCCACACAAUAAAGUAAGGCUUCUU